AUGUCUGUUUUAGGCAGAUGGGUAGAAGACCACGAAGUUGUCCACAAUUUGAUGUUCAACACCACAACAAACCUGAAGGUUCCCUACAAGCAGACCCUGAACAGAUCCGAGUGGUGGGACAACGGCGUUCUGCCCUUAUGGAUCACAGCUCAGGACCAGGGUUUGAAAACUGCUUCGUUUUUCUUUCCCGGAGGCGCCGCCACCUACAGGGGUCAGAAGGUGAACAGGGUUCGGCUUGAAGAAGCCGGCCACCCUGACGCCAACUACACAGAGUGGUGUCAGAACAUCGACACGGUGAUGAACUGGUUCUCUAAGGAGGACUUUGAUCUGGUGACCCUGUACUACGGCGAGCCGGACAACGUGGGCCACGCCAAGGGGCCGGAAACCGAAGACAGGAAGAACAUCAUCCAGCAGAUCGACCGCACCAUCGGCUACCUGAGGGACGCCAUUAAACGCCACAACCUGGAGGACAGCCUGGACGUGGUCAUCACCUCAGACCACGGCAUGACCACCGUGAAGAAGCGCCCUCUGGUGGACGAGAUCAUCCUCAACAAGUACCUGAAUCUAUUAGAGCUCGUCAGCUUCGAGAUCCUCGAUUACGGUGGGUUCGGCGUCCUGACGCCGCAGCCGGGGAAGGAGCAGGAGGUGUUUGAUGCUCUGUCCAACGCGCCAAAUCUGACGGUCUACAAGAAGCACGAGAUCCCAGAGAGCUUCCAUCUGGGAAGAAGUGAGCGUCUGCCUCCCAUCGUGGUCGUAGCAGAUCUGGGAUUCAACUUGAACUCGAGAUUGAUCAUUUACAUCAACAAAGGAGACCAUGGCUUCCAUAACGGAGAGAUGGACAUGAAGACCAUCUUCAGAGCCUUCGGACCGAGCUUCAAGAAGAACUUUGUGUCCGAGCCGUUCGACAGCAUCCACAUCUACCCCCUGCUGUGCAAACUGCUGCGGAUCGAACCCGCGCCGCACAACGGGUCCCUGGAGGUGACGGAGGCCAUGCUGUGGUCCGGAGGGGAAUCCCAGGGAGCCCGGUUCUCCGUGGUUCUGCUGCUGCCCCUGCUCCUCUCCACCGCGCUGUAACGGACCCAGGACCAGACCCGGAUCAUGCCCUGACCGCCUACCUCCACAUCCAGCAGAAAUGGUACCGAAG